AUGCACCCCUCUUCCAUUAUAAUAACUUCAAGCCUAAUCAUUAUUUUUUCCCUCCUCAUCUUUCCUGUCCUAACAACUCUUAGCCCCCUUCCUCAAAAAGAAGCCUGAGCCCUUACGCACGUAAAAACAGCAGUAAAACUAGCCUUCUUUGUUAGCCUCCUCCCUCUCUUCCUAUUUCUCUGCCAAGGGGCAGAAACCGUUAUCACCUCAUGAAACUGAAUAAGUACAUCAACCUUUGACAUUACCAUCAGCUUGAAAUUUGACCACUACUCCAUCAUAUUCACACCCGUUGCCCUAUAUGUCACAUGAUCAAUCCUAGAAUUUGCAUCCUGAUACAUACAUGCCGACCCUAACAUAAACCGAUUCUUUAAGUAUCUCCUAAUUUUCCUAAUCGCAAUAAUUAUUUUAGUCACGGCAAACAACCUGUUCCAACUCUUCAUCGGAUGAGAAGGCGUAGGAAUUAUGUCUUUCCUUCUCAUUGGCUGAUGACACGGCCGAGCAGAUGCUAACACCGCUGCCCUACAAGCAGUUAUCUACAACCGAGUAGGGGACAUUGGUUUAAUCUUUGCAAUAGCAUGAAUAGUGUCCCACCUUAACUCAUGAGAACUACAACAAAUCUUUGCAACUGCUAAAGACUUUGACCUCACCUACCCACUCCUGGGCCUAAUCGUAGCCGCCACAGGUAAGUCCGCUCAAUUCGGGUCACAUCCAUGACUUCCCUCUGCUAUAGAAGGGCCCACACCGGUAUCUGCCCUACUUCACUCCAGCACCAUAGUCGUUGCAGGUAUCUUCCUCUUAGUACGCAUGAGCCCCCUUUUAGAAAACAACCCUACCGCCCUCACCACCUGCCUAUGUCUCGGAGCCCUAACCACACUGUUCACAGCCACAUGCGCCUUAACCCAGAACGACAUUAAAAAAAUUGUUGCAUUCUCAACAUCAAGUCAACUAGGCCUAAUAAUAGUAACAAUUGGAUUGAACCAGCCCCAGCUGGCAUUUCUUCACAUCUGCACCCACGCUUUCUUUAAAGCAAUACUUUUCCUAUGUUCCGGCUCCAUUAUCCACAGCCUCAAUGACGAACAAGACAUCCGAAAAAUAGGCGGCAUACACCAUCUUACCCCCUUUACCUCUUCUUGCCUUACCAUUGGAAGCCUAGCCCUCACAGGCACCCCUUUCCUAGCAGGAUUUUUCUCUAAAGAUGCUAUUAUUGAAGCCCUCAACACCUCAUACCUAAACGCCUGAGCCCUUACCUUGACCCUCCUAGCCACCUCUUUCACGGCUAUCUACAGCCUACGCAUCAUUUUCUUCGUCUCAAUAGGACGCCCCCGAUUUAAUGCACUCUCCCCUAUCAACGAAAACAACCCCGCAGUUAUCAACCCCCUUAAACGACUAGCUUGAGGAAGCAUUGUAGCCGGCCUCCUAAUUACCUCCAACCUACUCCCACUAAAAACGCCAGUAAUAUCAAUACCCCUCAUACUUAAACUAACCGCUUUAACCGUAACUAUCUUAGGCUUAUUAAUUGCCCUAGAACUCGCAUCAUUAACAAGUAAACAAUUCAAACCCGCCCCUUACCUCCCCACUUUCCGCUUCUCCAGUAUACUUGGCUUUUUUCCAAUAAUUAUACACCGAUUCCCCCCUGCAAUAAGCCUGGGAAUAGGUCAAUCCAUUGCCAGCCAAAUAGUAGACCAAACUUGGUUAGAAAAAUCAGGCCCCAAAGCCGCAGCCAAACUUAACACCCCUCUUAUCACCUCGACAAGCAAUACUCAACGAGGUCUAGUAAAAACUUAUCUUAUCUUCUUCCUCAUUACCCUUAUAUUCGCCUUACUAAUCUUCUUUAUUUAG